UGCCCUGCGUGGUGAUACAGUGAACCCAAUGCAAUACGAAAAUUGCAUUUACCAUUUAUUGCUUGAAUUUAAUUAAAGAUAAUUAACAACAGAUUCUGACUUUUAUUCUUCCUGAUACCGGAUUCGAAAGACGCAACCCUAUCACUUGACACCCACAAGACCGCCACACGCAAUACUCCAGGUUAAACAACUAUUGUCUCUUCUCUGCCUGAGAUAGAUCUGCCCCAAGGUGAGGAGCAUCAAACAGACAGAGCUGGAGCCCUUGGUGAGACGAGCAACCCAGAUCAGAACAGAACUCACACAGUGCUAGCCGAAACUCUCCAGCUUUGCUGGGGUCCAUACUAAGCUGAAGAUGGAGAACCUCAUCGCCAGCUCCGGGGAGGCAAAGCGGUUGAAUUCCAGAAUGGCAAACCGACACUCGCACCGACAUCAAAACCGUGUUGCAGUCCGGGCCCACCAUGUACAGACUGGAAUGUGGCUGGCACAGGCGUUGGAGCCCAACCGCUCGCGCUCAGUGCCAUCUCCCCACAACAACAGUUGGGAACCACAGGGAGUGAGGAAGCCCUAUAUGGAUGUGAUAGACGUCAGUUGGGGAGACCCACACGGAGGAGGGGUAAAACCCUUGACUUUUGUCCGGCAGGUUCUUGCAGCCUGCAUAUACCCUGAGCUGGUCGAAAGUGAUAAACUGCCAGUGGACGUUAAACAGAGGGCCCAAAGCCUACUGAGCGCAUGUGAUGGGGGGAGUGUAGGCUCAUACACGCUCUCUGGUGGUAUCUCUUAUAUACAGUGCAGUGUGUCCAACUUCAUCUCUCGACGAGAUGGUGGUGUACCAUCGUCCCCCGAGAAUAUCUUCAUGACAUCUGGCUCCCAGAGGUCUUUAAUGCUGGUUCUGAAGCUGUUGGUCCACAAUCAGGCCUCACUCCCGGCAGGUGUGCUGACCGCUGUGCCCACCUACUCUUCCUUCAAAAUGAUGUUGCAAAGGCUUGGUGCAGCCGUUGUUCCCUACUACCUAGAUGAGGAGCAGGGUUGGGCAAUGGAGGUGGAGGAGCUACGCAGAGCACUACAGGCCUCUAAGGGUGUCUGCAACACAGUUGCCCUGUAUGUCAUCAACCCGGGGAAUCCUACAGGUCAUGUUCAGAGCAGGAAGUGUAUUGAAAAGGUGAUCCGAUUCGCUGCUGAGGAGAGGCUCUUCCUCAUGGCUGAUGAGGUGUAUCAGGAAAGUGUGUUCGGGGAGGGCAGUGAGUUUGUCUCCUAUAAGAAGGUUCUGUCUGAGAUGGGGCCUCCUCUCUCUCACACAGUGGAGCUGGCCUCUUUCCACUCAGCAUCCAAAGGCUUCAUGGGAGAGUGUGGGCUACGCGGAGGGUACGUGGAGCUGGUGAACCUUGACCCCGCCAUCAUGAAGUACGCCUACACCAUCUUUUCCACUGACAUCUGUGCCCCUGUGACUGGUCAGCUAGCCCUGGAGCUCAUGGCUAACCCUCCCAGGCCAGGGGACCCCUCAUACCCGGUCUACACCCAGGAGACCCAGUCUAUCCGGGCCAUGCUGGUCCAUAACAUGAACUGGGUCCCAGAGUUUCUGAACAAUAUCCCAGGGAUCAGCUGUCAGCCGAUGAUGGGAGGAGCUUUCGUAUUCCCCCGGCUGUAUCUACCCCAAGCAGCCAUUGAGAAGGCCAAGGUGGUGGGGAUGCAGCCUGACCUGUGGUACUGUAAACGGUUACUAGAGGAGGCAGGAGUAUGUGUGGGACCGGGGUGUGAGUAUGGACAGAAGGAAGGCACCCACCACAUCAGACUGUGUGUCAUGACCCCAGUGGAGACCAUGGAAGAGGUACUGAAACGCCUGAAGAACUUCCACCUGCACUUCCUCAAGGAGUUCUCCUGAAAACUGGCUUCACCUUACAGCCCAAAGAUGAAUAAUACAUUUAACUUCAGACACAAUCACAGUACAGAGAAGAAAAUUGCAACCAGUAACAUUGUUUAACAUCUUUAUCUUUCAACAGACCAUAAUUAAAUAAUAAAUUAAGACAACACAUGA